UCUUGUGGAAACAUUAACCUUUUACUUUCCUUCUAGUUCAGGAGAUUAAAAGACUUUAAUCUUAGUUUAAUUCACUUGAAAUAUCCAUUAGCAGUGGAGAGAUAAAUCUGGAUUGAAGUUGUGCAACCCAGUAAGUCAACUUUUCUUAUUCUGCUGAUUAUGACAUUACAUCGCGUGAGUUCAGAAGGCAAAGGCGGAAGCUCUUUGUCGCACCACUUUGUCUUCCGGAUUCAAUAAUCGCCGAGUUAAUUACAUGAUUGGACAAAUACGUAUGAAAUAAACUGUAUGACCUGAAAUGGAAACUCCACCGCCACCUCCAGCACCGCCACCACCACCACCACCACCACCUCCAACAACAUCUCCAGAUGAUGAGGAAAGGGCUCGGGAAUCGGAGAAAAUUGAAGAUACUGGCCAGAUUCCAGGGGUUAUUCUCCCUCAAUUGGAGGAGUUAGAGAAGCAAUUCUUCGAGCUUGUGGCAAGUGCUGACGUGAUCGGAGUUCAAGAGUUCCUUGAUGUGAAUCAAGACUUCAAGAUCAAUUCAGCAAACUUUCAGAACCUUUCGGCACUGCACAUAGCUGUCAAGGAGCGAGAUGUGGCAAUGGUUGAGCUACUUUUAUCACGAGACGAUAUUGAUUGUGGUGAUACUGCACUUCACGCAAUUAGAGAUAAUGAGCAGAAAAUUGCUAUGAUGAUUCUGGAUAAAAUGGAGAGCCAGGUACCGGGAUCACAGUUCACUGGGCCAAUUGAUAGCUCUGAGUUUCCGGAUGCCACGACACCGAUGGAUGUGGCUGCCAGUUGUGGACAUUUUGAGUUGAUCAAGAUGCUGGCAGCCAGGGGACAUGUUAUUGAGGAACCACACCCACCGAACUGCUGCUGCGAUGAAAUUUGCAAACCAGAGAGAGAUACGGAAGAUCCAUUAACACUUGACAACAAACGGUUGUAUCGUUACCGCGCUGUGGCAAAUCCAGCUUACAUCUGUCACACCUCACCCGAUCCAAUCCUGAAGGCCUUCCAGCUGUCAGUUCUCCUCGACAAAGCCGCCUCGUUUGAGCGUGAGCUUUAUAAAUCUUACAAGCAACUGUCCCAGGAGGUCGCUUACUUUGCUGCUGAGCUCAUUGGCUGUGCGAGAAAAGCGGAGGAGGUUGAAAUUGUGCUCAAGCAACGGGGGGGCAAUGUACAAGCAAAGAAAUUCAUUUUUCCAAGACUCUUGUUUGCGGUCGAAUGCGAGCAGAAGCUGUUUGUUGCUCAUCCUAAUGUCCAACAAGUAAUAGAAACUCAUUGGAUUGGGAACUGGUAUGAGUGGAAAGCGAAAGCAGGAGGUGCCAAAGUCUUGACAGUUCUUCAAAGGAUUCCUCUGCUUCCAAUCCUAGCCAUUUGGCUUCUGAUAGCGCCGCAAUCAAAACUAGCAAAAAGAUGGCAAAUACCAGUGAAUCGAUACAUCUCGUCAGUGGCCAGUUACCUUAUUUUUCUCGUUUUCGUGUACCUCGAGUCCAACGUCGAUAAGAAAAAUCAACUUCGAGGGCCACCAAACAGCGGAUAUGAAGUUAUUAUUUGUUUUUAUGUUAUUUCGUAUGUGUGGGCGGCGAUGCGACUCUGUAUGACCCAUGGGCCGAGGAGAUAUUUCGGAGAGCGUUGGAAUCUGUAUGAGGUUCUAAUGCUCUCGUUGUUCAUAUUCACGUUCGUCUUCUGGGCAUUAGCGGCUAUCGACGUCCGGAGAAAUGGCCAGAGGGACCUGGAGAGAAAAUACUGGCACAUGUUUGAUCCAACUUUAGUUGCAGAGGGUCUCUUCUGUAUUGCAACAAUAAUGGCAUUUUUCAAACUCCUCUUCGUGUGUCAACUUGAUUAUAAUCUUGGACCACUUCAGAUGUCACUUGGAAAGAUGAUCAAGGAUGUCACUAAAUUUCUGUUUCUGUUCCUCGUCAUUAUUACAGCCUUUGCUGCAGGUCUUGCGAAAUUGUAUCAGUACUAUGACGGAAUGGUGCAGAUCGAUGAUGAGUCUAAAAUAAAAACCCAACAAGUGGCCUCGUUCGUGGAUUUCAGGUCAAGCUUGAGGACACUCUUCUGGGCGGUAUUUUGCAUGAGUGCCAUCGAGAGUGCUGACGUCAUAAUCGAGAAUUUACCUGGAGAGACGGAGUCUGAGACCAUUAUAAAUAAACAUUCAUUCACUGAGGGCAUUGGAUACUUUGCCUUCGCUGGUUUUGAGUUCAUGACAGUGAUAGUGGUCCUCAACAUGUUGAUAGCCUGCAUGUCAAAUACCUUCACAGCCUUCACCGACAACGUGGAUGUCGAAUGGACUUUUGGAAGAACCGAGGUGUAUAUUGAUAUAAUGGCACAGAACGCCCUGCCACCGCCUUUCAAUUUCCUCCCUACUGGGAGUGACCUCCGUUGGCUCGCUGAGUACAUAAAGUUGUUAAUUAAACCCACUGAGACGAAAAAGGCGAAAUGGGAUCUCAAGCACUGCUGCUUCAUCGAAAAUAUAAAUGAAGACGAUGACGAAAAGUUUGGUGAGACAAUGGGACAUUUAGUGAUGCGUUAUUUCCGGAAGAAGGAGGCGGAAGUGGAGAAGAGUGACACCGAGGGUUUGAGGAAGGAUCUCAUGGAGCUCAAGAGUAUCCUCAAGGAUGCACUGUCAGCUCCAUGAAUUAUGGUCCUCUACCCACGUCAGAUCAGUCAGGAUUCCCUGGCAUAGAUGACACAGAAUAAUACAGCCACCAACAAUGACAGGGUCCUCCAUUAUUUUUCUGCCAGCAACUCCUGCCCUUAGUUCUGGACUGAAAGGAUUACUUGGAGAUUUGGGAGAAGUAGCUGUGGCACUUGAGAAGGGAUCAGUGAUGGCAAUAGACUCUCACGUCUGCUGGUCUUAUCAUCAAUUCUACAGCAUUUCCAGGAAUGAACAGGGGUCACAACGAUUUUCGAAAAGGACUAGGAUUAAUGGACACUAGUAAAUAAAAUAAUAAAGUGUGAAA